AUGAAGCUCUUACCACCGAUCGCCGCCGCGGCGCUUCUCCUCGUCGCCGUGGCGGUAGCGGCGCGCGUGCCGGCGGCAAACGCGGCGGGGUGGGUGGAGCUGGACCUCACGCAGACAGGCACGGCCAGUGAUGCGGCGCUCGCGCAGAGAGCGGCGGGAAUUGCGGUGGAGCAGUACAACGCGCAGACGUACAACGCGCAGACGAAAUCUGCCCUGUCGCUCGCGGCGGUCGAGUCCGCGGAGGUAUUUGUGCCCGCUGACGUGGGGUGGAGAGCCGUCAUCCGCGUGGCCUUCACUGCCGGCGAGGAGCAGGGCGUGUUGAGGAGACUGCUGCGCGGCCCUGGCAGCACAGUCGCAGUGCAGGCGGAAAUUGCGGGAACUUCGCAUGAACUACACCAUUAUAAGCUGGAGCGAUUUGUUACAACUGGAUGA